CCAAGCGCGAGGCGAGCACACGGACAGAGGAUAGAGAAAACAGAGUGCGACGCCGACGAAGAGAGAGACAGAGAGCAAAACCCAAACCCUAACAAUCAUUUGCAGCCCCCGGCGUCUCGAGAACCUCCAAGGAACCAUCCACAGGAGAAGGCGCGAGCGCGGGUGUUUGGAUCGGGGGAGGCAACGCUGGCGGCUCGCGGCGGCAGCAGGUGAUGGCGGAUCCGCCUAGCGGUGGGGGAUCUAGGGCUUGUGUCUGCAGGGAGAGACAGGUCGAGGAGGCAGAGGCGGGUCUGGGGCUCGGGAGAAGAGAACAGGGGAGGAAGGAGGGAGGAUGCUGAGCGUGGUUCGGGUACACCUGCCGUCGGAGAUCCCGAUCGUGGGCUGCGAGAUCACGCCGUACGUGCUACUGCGGCGGCCCGACGGUGCAGUCUCCACCAACGAUGUCCCCGAAACCGCGCCCGCUGAUGGCCAGUUCAUGCGGUACAGAUGAAAAAAGGACCCAAUAGUGGAAGCAAUUUGUUCCCUUUGCCAGAAGAGUUGGUGUGAAUUGAGUUAUACAUUUUCGCUACUCAAGCACAAGCUUAAGGCCCCUAUGAUUCUAUAGGGUAUCGCAUACAGAGCGACCGGAAAGUCCCUAUCUGCAGUGUGCAUCCAAUGGAACAAGCAACUAUUCAGUGCCUCGGUUGUCUCAAGUCAAAAAUACCUGUUGCUAAGAGCUACCACUGUUCAGCCAAAUGCUUCUCUGAUGCAUGGCAGCACCACAAAGUUUUGCAUGAACGAGCUAGUAGUGCUCUAAAUGAAAAUGGGGCUGAAGAAGAGGAGUUAUUUGGCAGAUUUGGCAGUGGUGGUUCUGGGGUUCUAAGUACUGCUGGAUCUGGUUCUUUGUCAAAUUUUGGACAAAGCCCUGGUGUUAAUAAUGGACCUGUGCCUUUCUAUCCCUCAGGUACCGAUAAAAAUUCUGGAGAAACUUGGUUUGAAGUUGGACGCUCACGAACAUAUACACCAACUGCUGAUGAUAUUGGACAUGCACUAAAGUUUGAGUGCGUAGCUGUGGAUUCAGAAAAAAAGUCUCCAAUUGGACCCUCAACCUCAAUCAUGACAUCACGUGUAAUUCCCGCGCCAACUCCUACCCCUCGCCGCCUUAUCCAAGUGAAUGGGGAUGUUUUAGGUCACUUGGAUUUAGACAGCCAAAUUUCGUCCUUAGGGACAUUCACUGUGUUAUCCUACAAUAUUCUUGCUGAUGCAUAUGCUACAACUGAUGCAUAUAGCUACUGCCCAACAUGGGCACUUACCUGGAAUUAUAGAAGACAAAAUUUGCUGCGUGAAAUUAUUGGUUAUCAUGCUGAUAUCAUCUGUCUACAGGAGGUACAAGUAAACCAUUUCGAAGAUUUUUUUUCACCUGAGCUUGACAAACAUGGAUAUCAGGCGCUUUACAAGAAAAGGACAACAGAGGUGUAUUCUGGAAAUCCUAUGGCCAUAGAUGGAUGUGCUACUUUUUUUCGUAGAGACAAGUUUUCACAUGUUAAAAAAUACGAGGUUGAGUUCAAUAAGGCUGCACAGUCUUUAACAGAUGCUAUUAUUCCUGCUGCCCAGAAAAGAGUGGCUUUAAGUCGAUUGAUUAAAGACAACAUUGCACUAAUUGCGGUUUUAGAAGCCAAAUUUGGUAAUCAUGGAGCUGAAAAUCCUGGUAAAAGACAGCUCCUUUGUGUGGCAAAUACACAUAUAAAUGUCCAUCAAGACCUAAAAGAUGUGAAGCUAUGGGAGGUUCAUACCCUCCUAAAAGGAUUGGAGAAGAUAGCUGUCAGUGCAGACAUUCCUAUGUUGGUCUGUGGAGAUUUCAACUCAACCCCUGGGAGUUCUCCACAUGCGCUUCUGGCAAUGGGCAAAGUUGAUCAGCAUCAUCCAGAUCUGGCAAUAGACCCCCUUGGAAUUUUACGCCCUCCAAGCAAGUUGAAUCACCAGCUUCCUUUGGUCAGUGCAUACUCUGCAUUUGCAAGAAUGGUAGGUGUUGGCUAUGAUUUGGAGCAUCAGCGGAGGACAGACCCUGCAACAAAUGAACCACUCUUCACAAAUUGCACAAGAGAUUUUACUGGAACUAUUGAUUACAUAUUUUACACAGCGGACUCAUUGACAGUGGAUUCAUUAUUGGAACUUUUGGAUGAAGAAAGCUUAAGAAAAGACACAGCUCUCCCAUCCCCUGAAUGGUCAUCAGAUCACAUAGCACUCUUAGCUGAGUUCCGGUGCAAGCCAAGAAUCAGACGUUGACACAUUAGCUCUCCAGGUCUUGUAGAAAAGGUCAUUGUCAUCAUCCUUGGUGGUGGAACACCGUUCCAUGUGGGAACUUGAGGCAGGGCGGGAACGCGGGCUCUCGGGGAAGCAAACAACCAAGCAGCCUCAGGAAGGGGAAGAGGCUUGUAACAUUUGAUUUUUACCCUCCUACAUUUGAGCUCAUGAUACUUAAGAUGCCCCUGUGUACCAUUACUUUCUAUAGAAGAAAAAUACUUGAGAGAAAUAUUUGAAGGGUUAUAAGGCCCGUUUUUCUUUUUUGUUCACUGCGGUCGCGUUCGAUUCCUUUUGGCUGUGUCCAUGCUCGCUGCCUACAAUACGCAGCCACGCAGGAGUCCUCGACUUCUGUAAAUUCUGUACCAAUGUAAUACCAGUUCCAGUUUUUGUUUUCCACAA